AUGAGUGACCCAUUUGCAGACCUAAUUUCUAAUUUUAAGGGGAGUAAAGUUGUGAAAAGCAAGCAGUCUAAAAAUGUUUCAUUAAAUGAUCUUAUGUUAAAGGGGACAUCCUCAGCUACUUGUACUUCAUCUCCAUCUCCUAAAAGUUGUUCGCCACCUGAUGAUAUACUUCAAGUGAAACAGAAAUCCGUAUUUGGAAAUUUAUCUUCCGCUCAAACUAAUAACACAGUCGCUUCUGAUGUGUUUGAUGACUUUUUUGGUGAUUCUAAGGUGGCAUCAUCGCAAUCGGUUCACACAAAUGAAGCGUCUUUGAUUGACAUUGAUGAUCCUGCUACGUUUUCAAGGAGUCCAAUCCAAAACGAGCCAUCUUUCCAAGAUGAUAAGCGGGAUUUUGAGCUUGCUCAAAUGCUUUCUUUGGGGCUUUCUAUAGAUAUUGCCAAGUCGUACUAUGACAAAGGGAAAAACUAUGAACAGGUUUUAGAGGAGGUUCAGAACGAUGGGAGCUCUGAGUCUAUUGAAGAUAUUGAUUCUAGAAAUGAUGUUCCAACCGCACUAAGCGAUGGAAGUGACUUCAUGUCAAUGGCGUCUGGCUUUAUCAAACGGGGGCGCACUUUUGUCGAGGACAGUAUUCAGAAAACCAUGACAAAAAUCGACAGUUCCCACGCGUCAAGUAACCAGCGGAAAUCCGGGCUGAGCUCGGCGGUUGCUGGUGCGCUAUCAACACCGUUGGCUUCGGGCUGUUCAGCUAGUAUGAAACCGCACUGGGGUGGCCAUUCUGUCAAGGCUUCUCCAGGUCGUGAGGGUCCAGUUGAGCCAUCAUCGGCAUUCGCUAGAAAAGAAACUGCAGAGUCCCCGAAGACUGAUAAUCACAAUACACUUCUGGAUCUGAGUGAUGACGAAUUCUCAUCUCCCGUCAAUUACACGUCAGCAAGUGCUCAUAUUUCACAACUAGAACUUUCCGGUUAUGAAGAAUUUAAUUUUAAAGGUAAGAAUCAUUUCCAAGUAGGCGAUUACUUUACAGCAUGUGAUGCGUUUAUGAAGUCUUUGAAUACUCUACCUGCCUCUCACCCCCUUCGUUUCAUAGCAUUGUCAAAUAUAAUUGCGACAGAAUCGAAGAUGGGUGAAAUAACAAAUGCAUUGCAACAUAUAGAAACUGCAUGUGGGAUGAUGGAUAAUACUGACUUAGAUAGUGUUAUUCAAUAUUCAAAUCCACCAAAAACUUAUAGGGAGAUUUGGAGUAAGAUUAUAUUAAAGAAAGCGGAAAUUAUGGAAGGUUCCGAUGAAUACGAAAAAGCUCUAGAUGCAUAUAAGCUUUUAAUUUCAAUGGGCAUAGUAAACAACAAAGUCUUGGUUGGCAAAACGCGCUGUCAGAAGGCUAUUACACCUAAAAAAUCAAAACCGCCCUCACAAAAACCCUCUCGUGCUCUUGAAACUGGAGCAGAACGAACUAGGACUAUACCGAAGGAAUCACCUGUAACUAGGCAAAAGUUCAAGGAAAAUGAGUCCCAAGGAGAAAGAGAACGCUUCCAGCUGCAUGACAAAGUUGAAGCUCGUAUCCAUAAAUGGAUCAAUGGAAAGGAAACAGAUUUGCGACAAUUGCUUGUUGGUCUACCCGCCGUGCUAACGUGGGUCAAUUGGAACCCAGUCAGUGGAAGUGAGUUAGUGUUGCCAAAAAAAGUGAAGGUUACCUAUUUGAAAGCUAUUGCCAAAACUCAUCCUGAUAAAAUACCAUCUUGUACCAGUAUGGAAAAUAAAAUGCUGGCGGAAAAUAUCUUUGCGACUCUGACAAAAGCAUGGGAAGUUUUCAAAGUGGAAAACGAUUUGAAUUAA